AACCAUUCUGAAGAGUCACCAUCCAGGAAGAAGAUAACAUUUUGGAGUCUCUCCUCGGGUAGAGAUCAUGUUUCCAACCAGUUAUGUUUGCUGUAUUGCUUUCCUGCUAGGGACCAUAUGGUCAUCCUGCACAGGACAGAUACAAAAUGGAUCAUGUGUUGCCACGUAUCUCCGUCAGGCAGGUAUUUCCAGGACGAGCGCUGCCACAUACGAGUCAAACUUUGCACAGAGAAGCAUUCCUCCCCACGACAUAAAUUCCACCCAGACGUCGUUUUUGCCGUGGUUCGGAGUCAGCGAUGUAGCGGAUGUUGUCAAGCUGGCUGCCUGCUUUGCUGGGCAAGCUUCGUCCUGUGUAUCCUUCCAGUAUUGUAGUGGGGAAGGCCGGUGUGUGCUGCAGACCUCUGGAGGAAAUCCACAGACCUACGCAUGUCGUUGCCAUGCUGGUUACGGCGGCAAGGAGUGUGAAACGGACGCAUGUAGCAAUGCCGACGGUAGCAACACCUGUCAGAACGGAGGUAUGUGUGUCCGACAGUCCACUGUACCCUAUUUCAGGUGCAAUUGCCGAAGGAACUUUGCAGGAGCAGAGUGUUCGCAGGCAGUUGACCACUGUAGUCCACAAAACCCGUGUGCACAUGGUGGCAGGUGCACUAGCCUGCGAAACGGAUUUAAGUGUGAUUGUCCAAGAGGAUACGUGGGCAAAACCUGUCAAGAGCAUCUACUGACAAGCAGGGAACUGGACUCACGCUUGGCCAAGCUGGAUAGAACCAUUCUCAGCCACAUAGAAAGCCUGAAAACUCACCUUCUCGCCAAUGUUCGCCAACGCACUUACGCGCCGGGCCUCAAACUUAUCAGAGGUAAUUACACUUGGUUUGAAGCAAGGUACAGAUGCAUGGUACUCGGUGGCAUUCUAGCCGUACCCAGAAGCAAUCAUGAAAUGCAGAUUGUUGGCCAGUUACGCCGUCGACAACGUUACACUGGGAGCAUAUGGAUUGGUGCGUCCGACCUGGAGACUGAAGGCCAGUGGAAAGAUACAGAAGGCAGGGUCGUUGCAUAUAGAAGGUGGGCUUAUCAACAACCAAAUGGUGGCAGUCGUGAGAAUUGUUGGAUUACACGCAGUGAGGCACGCGAAGUUUUGUAUGAUACAACGUGCCGAUGGCUUGGUGUUAAAGCCUUUCUUUGUCGCAUCAAAUGAAGCGAGGUUCCCUCAAAGCUUCAAGGAGUUUCACAGAGAUCCUGCAGUAUUCCUUGCUCGUAACAUGGAUUUGCUCCAUGCAGGUCAUUUGUCGGAGAGUUAUGAACGGCUGAGUUGCCAUGUUUUCCUAGUGUAGAUAUGUUUUGUUCGUAUCCACUUCCACUUCCAUAUGCUCAUCACUGAAGCAAUCACAACGGAAAAACAUUGUGAUGGGAUUACACCAUUCGUAUCCGGGAGCUGUUUCAAUUUCACUCCUCACACUGGUCAGGGUGGCACCGUAACUGCCAGAUUAACUUGUGCGUGCAAUGACGAAUCUUGAUGUUUCUUUUACGGUUGUGAAUUUUCCUAUCGUGUUUUUUAAAGUCAGUCAAGUGGUAGUGGUGGCUCGCCGGCACUAUACGUACUAUGAAAGUACUUGUAAUAUUAUGACUCCGUUAUUUGUAGUCUUUUCUCUCGCUAUGCUUUCUCUCAUAAUGUGCUUGUUUGUCAAAUCAG